CACCACCACCUCCCUCACGACGCUCCCGGCUGCGCCCUUCGCAGACGAGAGUCCCAGCUGCGCACAAGCCAUGACUUCGCGCAAGUCGACGCGCGGCGUGCCCGUCGCCAGCGGCAGCGGCAGCGGCAGUGGUAGUGGCGGCGCGCAUCCCUCCUCCUCGGCCGCUUCCAGCAGUCGCCCCGCAGCCGCUGCCUCUUCAGACGCGCCCUCCACCGAUCCCCAUCUGCAUCUCCUCACCGAGCAUCUCGGCUUCAAUCCGCGCACCUUUAUCGAUGCGCUCGUGUACGUCGCAAACGAGAACAUGUACAUCCUCGGCGGCGGGCUGGAGGAUUAUGUCAAGCAGCAUCUGGCGGCGAGAGAGGGCGGGGGCUUGGAGAGUGAACAGGGCGUUCACUCCAUCCUCACGCUCCUCGAAAACGCGCUGGACCACACAUUCGACACUCUCGAGCUCUACUGUCUGCGCUACGUCUUUGGCUUGACGCACGCACAGGCGCGCUUGAUCACGUUGCCGCACCAUCGAGGGCUCGACUUGCGUGCGCCGGACGCCAGAGCAGAGGCGGCAAGGGAGCGGGAGAAGGAGAGGGAGCGCGUGAGGCGCAAGGCGAGGAAGUCGAGGGCGAGGGAAGAGGAGACGGACAUGCUGGAUGAAAGUGCGAUGAAGGAGAGUGAGAGACUGGACGCGAAGGAGAGGUCGCUCAGGAGACGCGUCAACGCGGCUCGCGCCCUCAAACACACUCUCUCACUAGCCUCGACGGCCGCACAACGUCGUCUUUCCCGCGCCGAGACACUCUCCUCUACCUUCUCAUCGUUGCUGCAUCGCGAUUCCGACGCCAGCGGCAGCAGCACAGCCAAGCUUCCUCUCGUGCCUUCCUCCCUGGCCGUCUCCUCUCGCGCGCUGCAUCUCUCUUCCUCAGAGCUCCUCUCUGCGCUCGAGGACCUGCGUGCAGAGGACGCACUCGGAGCGCCACUCGCAAAGCCGCAAAAUGGAAAGGCGUGGACGGGCGGCAGAGAUAGGUUUGUGGCGUGGGAGGCCAACAAGCUCGUGCGGGAGCACAAAAUGGGAGAGGGCGGCAAGGAGGCAAAGGAGAAGAGAGGGGCGGAAGAGAAAGGCGGAGCGAGAAAGAAGAGGGCUUGAAGAGGAUGCGCGCAUGAUCUUCUGCCCUGUCUCGCACCUCUCUUUCUCUUCGGACCUCGUUGCACCUCGUCUUCUCCCUUGCUUUGCAUAGCCACGCUGCUCUCGUUCCGCGCCUCCCUUGCUUCCGCCUCUGCGCUACCACCGCCGCUUCACUCCUGCGUCACCUGCUCUAUUGUACCACCAGUCCUGCUCGCAGCUUCCAAAUCCAUUCGCUAUUUCCUCCUU